GUGUAUGCGAUAGUAUUUGAAAACUGAUACUCCGCUGCUUCAUUAUUGUCGAUUGCACUAUGAACUCUUUUUUUGGAUUUCAAAACAUAACCUAAUGUAAAUUGUGCCGAAUCGUCAAAAAAGCGCAAACCAUACACGAAUCAAAUUAGAAUAACUUACGAAUUUUUAACUUGUCACGCUCCUCAUAAAUACCUUGAUGACGGUUGUUGUUGCUGCUGUGAUUAGGCCACUCAACAAAUUACUGAAGUUAAAUUCGUCGAUUUUCCGUUAUAUUCAAAGUGAAUCGAAGAUGAAUUUGGAGGCAGCAAAAAAAAUGGCUGCUCAUAAAGCAGUCGAUGAUUUUGUGGAAAAUAAUAUGGUUCUUGGCAUUGGCAGCGGUUCAACGAUCGUUUAUGCGGUGGACCGUCUGAAGGAACGCGUUGAAAUGGAAAAAUUGAAUGUUGUUUGCAUUCCGACAAGUUUUCAAGCACGUCAACUCAUUAUAAAGAACGGCUUGAAAUUGGGAGAGCUGGAAAUCAAUCCACAGCUAGAUUGCACAAUCGACGGGGCUGAUGAAGUGGAUUCCAAAAUGGUUCUAAUCAAAGGGGGUGGCGGUUGCCUACUUCAGGAAAAAAUCGUCGCUUCCUGUGCAAAGAAGCUGAUAAUAAUUGCAGAUUAUACGAAAAAUUCGACACAUUUGGGCGAACAAUACAAAAAAGGCAUUCCAAUCGAAGUUGUGCCGAUGGCAUACGUACCAAUCAAAGAGAAAAUUGCAAAAGAAUUCGGCGGAAAGUUGAAUCUUCGCAUGGCUGUUACCAAAGCGGGUCCAUGUGUUACAGACAAUGGUAACUUCAUCCUCGACUGGAAUUUCAAUAUUGACAAAACGACCGACUGGGAAAAGGUUAACACGAAAAUCGUCUCGAUUCCUGGAGUUGUUGAGACCGGUUUAUUUGUGAAUAUGACACAACGAGCCUAUUUCGGUCAAAGCGAUGGCACCGUCAUCGAACGUGGAAACAAUUGAACAGAAAUUACCUUUUUUCAAUGUACAAAUUUUGCAUUCAAACUGUGGUUCCUAUUAUUUCGAUCCUUCAUGAUAGCUGAGACAGCAAUUCAAAGUUUACUGUUUAAAAAGAAUCUUUGAAUAAUAAACACUUUGAAUAAUAACUUGAA